CUAAUUUUCAUAUUUUUCAGAAAUCAGAAAUGAACCGAGACAGAUCACCCCGUAGAGAUAGACGAAGUGGAGGAGGAGGGGGGAGUAGUGGAACCCUACGGAAAGGUCCAGCUGACAGGAGAGUCUUCCUCAACAAUCUACCGUUCGAGGCCAAGUGGCAAGAUCUGAAGGAUCUCUUCAGGAAGGAGGUUGGCGAGGUCGCCUUUGUCGAGUUGUUUGAGGAUCAAACUGGGAGACCAAGAGGUGCAGCUGUUAUGGAGUUUGCUACUGCAGAUCUUGCCAAGAAAGCUGUUGAUAAAAUGAAUCGAUUCGAAUUUAAAGGUCGUAAAAUAGUGGUCAAGGAAGAUUUCGACGUGGACCGCGACAAGUUCGGGAGGAUCAUCACGGACAAGGACAGGGAGAGGAUGAGGCCCAGGGAGAGGUCCCCUGGAGGGCCGGUCAACUAUGGAAAUACAUACGGUUUAUCCGUCAGAUUUCUAGAAAAUCUUGGAAUUGACUGUCCCCUGCACACCAGAGUUUUCGUUGCUAAUCUAGCGUAUGAUGUUGAUGAACGCAAACUAAAGGAGAUAUUUCGACUUGCCGGCCGUGUUAACGGUAUUGAAUUAACGCGGGACAAAGAGGGUAAAUCCCGUGGAUUUGCUGUAGUUGUAUACGACCAUCCAGUUGAAGCAGUUCAGGCUAUAUCCAUGUUCCACGACCAACAGCUCAAUGACAGACGAAUGACCGUGAGGUUUGACAAGGUUCCUGAGGAGGAGCCUCCUCGCAAUCUAAACCGUCUCCCAGACGGUCUGCGAGGAAUAGGGAUGGGUCUUGGACAAGAUGGUACUCCUCUAUGGGACGUGAGAAACAAUCUACCUCAGUCCUCGAACGAGGGUAAUACACUAGGUCUGGGUAACCUAGCUACAAGUAUGAGUAUGCAGCAGCCUGCUGCUGCAGCUGGAACCGGUGCUGCUCUCCAAGCUGCUCUUGCAACCAUCAUGGGAAUGGCGGGAGCAGCAAAUCCUUCAAAUAUUGGAAUGGGAGCAGGAAUGGAGACAGGACUUCUCGGCAGUGGAAUGGGAAACGGUGGAUCUGGAAUGAGUAUGGGAAUAGAGAGAUCUGGAAGAGAUUUGGACAGAAGCAUGGGAUCAUUAAACUCCAGUCUAGAUCUUGGACGUGGAAUGGGAGGUAUGGAUAUGUCAAUGGGUGCAAUGGACAGAGGUAUCGGAGGUAUGGAUCGUGGAAUGGGACUUUUGGAUCGAGGAAUGGGAGGAAUAGAUAGGGGAAUGGGUGGAAUAGAUAGGGGAAUGGGUGGAAUGGAUCGUGGCAUGAGCUCAAUGGAUCGAGGAAUGGGAGGCAUGGAUCGUGGUAUGAGAGGAAUGGGGGGUAUGGAUCAUAGUAUGAGUGGAAUGGACCGAGGCAUGGGAGGCAUGGAUCGCGGUAUGGAUCGUGGUAUGGGAGGCAUGGAGCGAUCAUCCCGAGGUAUGGAUCGAGGUAUGUCCAUGAGUGGAGGUAAGAAGAGUGACAAGAUUGUGGUGAAAAACCUACCGAUGGAAAUCACAUGGCAGGUGCUCAAGGACAGAUUCGGACAUGCAGGGGACAUAAAGUUCGCGGAGAUCAGGGAGAGUGGAGUUGGCGUUAUCAGGUUUGGAUCUGAAAGGGAUGCUGAGAGAGCAGUUUCUAUGAUGGAUGGACAGAGGUUGGACGGCAGGAAUAUAAUGGUAUCCCUCCUCUAAACUAUCCAGUAUCCAGCCCACCAUUCAAUCUGUCAAUUUAAUGUAAGUUUCCACAAACCUGUCUGCUGUCCUACUUCCUACUGUAAACUUGAUCAAUCUGACAACAUCUGUUUAAGCAUCAUGAAACAAUAAACAAUUUUUUUAAUGUAAAAAUGUAGUAAUAUCUUGAAAAGUAGCAUGAAAAUAGGUUAUUUAUUGUUACUUAAAGGGACUUAAAGGUUUAUUUCAAAUGAUCCUUUAUGCAAAGAUGGCAAUGCACGAUUCAGAAUGCUACCCUUAAAAACUUAGUUUGAUCAAUUAUGAAGUCGCUGUCACUAUAAUUUUAUUCGUGGUUUCUCUACACACGUGACAUGUUAGAGUUCACUUUUUAAACCUAUAAAUCGACAAUAUCUUCCACAUUAUUGAUCAGAUAAAGGUUUUAAAGAACCGUUGUGAAUCGGGUAUUGCCAACUUUACAUGAAGGGUCGCUUAAGAUUACACUUACAGUCCCUUUAACCCUUACUCCAAUAUUUUAAAUUUCACCUAAAGCUUCGAAUAGACACUUUCUCUGUCUCCUAAUUUACCUAAAUUUUCAAACAUAACAUUCGAUUGUUCAAUUUUUGCAUUUGUACAUGAUCACAAGGUAUAAACAAAAUUAAGUUGAUAUGAUUAUUCCAUAGGCUCUGACAACGGGGCGUGCUUUAUUAUGACCCUGGGUAGUUGGUAAAUCUCCCAGCCAUUUCAUCAGAAAAUCAGAAAAUUUGACUUCUCAAAACAUAUUGGUUAAUUUAUAAGCCUUUUCUCAAAAAUCUGACAUGAUUACACUUACAGUCAUAUCUCUAGAUCCCAGAAAGUUAUAGACAAGAAAAAAUAGUUUUAGAAUUCUUCAGUCAAAGCGGAGAUACUCAGUUUCGUAGCUCUUGUAUGUGUUAUGAAUACUGGGGUUGGAGGUGUUACAAAAAUCUAAACUAAUCUUCACUUUGACCAAAGAAUUAUUAAAAAAUAUUUGUCUCGUCUUUAGCUUGCCGGGAUCAGGAGAUAUGACGUACUAUGAUAAGCAGGGAAGAUUUUCAAGCAAUCAAACAAUAAUAUUUUCAAGCAAUCAAACAAUAAUGCUUGAUUUAGUGAGAUAACUGGGGAGUUCCCUAGGCCCCCCCCAUCUUCCCGUUGACAUAACCUAAGGAAUAUUUAUUUUAACUUAAAUUAAAUCCUUGUGAUUAUAAAACUUUACAGUUCUUGUUUGUUUUGUUGAAAUACAUCAUAUUUGUAACAUA